UAAAAAUGGGAGGGCCUCACGCAGAGUGUUUUUAUUUAUUUCUUUGUGUCUACUAGAAGAAAAACACUGACAUCCACGCAUUCGCGUAGCGAUGCGCAUCAGUAUUAGGACGUCCACGUAGUUUCCCCCCGAGUGUUCGAAGUUGCUGGAAUUUAAAGGGUGGAGAAUGAAGCGGCGCAAUGCGGACUGCAGCAAACUCCGUCGCCCGUUGAAACGGAACCGAAUCACCGAGGGUAUUCACAGCAGUACCUUCCUGUACCUGAAGUUCCUGGUCGUUUGGGCGCUGGUUCUGCUGGCUGAUUUUGUGCUGGAGUUCAGGUUCGAGUACUUGUGGCCUUUUUGGCUGUUCAUCAGGAGUGUUUAUGAUUCCUUUAGAUAUCAGGGACUGGCAUUCUCUGUGUUCUUUGUGUGUGUCGCAUUUACAUCAGACAUCAUCUGCCUCCUGUUCAUCCCCAAACAAUGGCUGUUCUUUGCUGCCAGCACGUAUGUCUGGGUACAGUACGUGUGGCAUACAGAGCGAGGUGUGUGUCUGCCGACUGUCUCUCUCUGGAUUCUUUUUGUCUACAUCGAAGCAGCCAUUCGAUUCAAGGACUUGAAACAUUUUCAUGUAGACCUUUGCCGUCCAUUCGCAGCUCAUUGUAUUGGCUAUCCGGUGGUGACGCUGGGCUUCGGCUUCAAGAGUUACGUGAGCUACAGCGUCGCGAAAGCAAAGGAAGUGCAAAAGGAAAAUGAGUUUUACAUGCAGCUCCUACAGCAGGCUCUGCCUCCAGAACAGCAGAUGCUUCAGAGACAGGAACGAGAGACAGAGGAGGCCACCUCAAAAGGCAUGUCUGAAGCAGACUCUGUGUUAGUGGCUCAGAACGGCACCGCAAUCAACAAGAAACUGCCCAUCUCUCUGCCUGAACUGGAAUACAAAGAGAAGGGCAAAGAUAGUGCAAAAGACAAAAAGCAACAGCAGCACAGCAUAGGAAUAAACAACAACAUCUUACAGACUGUGGAUGCUAAACUACAAGACAUUGAGUACAUGGAAAACCACCUAAACGCUAAAAGACUCAACAACGAGCUCAGCGGCAGUGCCGAAAACCUGUUUCUGAAAGAGGAAGUGGGUGCCGGAGGAGGCUCUGCGCCCUCCAAACAUUACAAAAACUCCUCGCCACGCAGCCACAACUCAACCAAUGGCAGCGUACCAUCAUCUUCAUCCAACAGAAGUGAUAAAAAGCAGAAGUGCGCAGGGAAAAACCUUGCGCCACAUCGUGAUCUGAUGGAGAACUGUAUACCUAAUAACCAGCUCAGUAAGCCUGACGCAUUAGUGCGGCUUGAGCAGGAUAUUAAGAAGCUGAAGGCCGACCUGCAGGCGAGCAGACAGGUGGAGCAGGACCUGCGCAGUCAAAUCAGCUCUCUGAGCAGUGCUGAAAGAAGCAUGCGCUCUGAACUCGGCCAGCUUCGGCAGGAAAAUGAGCUGCUGCAGAACAAACUUCAUAAUGCUGUGCAAGCCAAGCAGAAGGACAAGCAAACGAUUGUGCAGCUGGAGAAGCGGCUCAAGGCGGAACAGGAAGCUCGAGCCGCAGUGGAAAAGCAGCUUGCAGAAGAAAAGAAAAGAAAGAAGAUGGAAGAAGCCACAGCCGCACGUGCUGUCGCUCUGGCUGCUGCAUCCAGAGGAGAGUGCACAGACUCGCUGAGGAGUCGCAUACGUGAGCUGGAGUCCGAGUGCAAGAAGCUCACACACGACAUGAAGCUGAAGGAGGAACAGAUCAGAGAGCUUGAGCUCAAAGCGCAAGAGUUGCACAAAUAUAAGGAGAGUGAAAAAGACACAGAGGUUUUGAUGUCAGCGCUGUCAGCCAUGCAGGACAAGACUCAGCACCUGGAGAACAGCCUGAGUGCUGAAACCAGAAUCAAACUGGACCUCUUCUCUGCACUCGGAGAUGCCAAGAGACAGCUGGAGAUUGCUCAAGGUCAGAUUCUGCAGAAGGAGCAGGAGAUAAAAGAGCUGAAGCAGAAGAUCGCAGAGGUCAUGGCGGUCAUGCCAAGCAUUACCUACUCGGCGGAGACCAACAACAUGACCCCUGUGACCCCACAUUACUCCUCCAAGUUCAUGGACACCAGUCCUUCCAGCUUGGACCCCAAUGCCUCCAUCUACCAGCCACUCAAGAAGUGAAUGUCCACACACAACGUCCACUUUGCUCUUUGAUUUGUACUAAAGUUCAGUAUGCAAACCAAUGGGAUGGGGUAGUAUUUUUGUUUGAUUUACCCCUUCUCUGUUAGUAUGACUCUUCUUUGUUGUGGAUGAUUAGAGAGGGAGAAUAAAAUGAGGGGGGCAAAGGGAUGAUGUUUUGACCAGAACUGCCCUUUUUGUCUUUAAGAUUAUUUUUGAAACUCUUACACUUAAAAAAGAAAAAAGUUUUCGGAAACGGCACUUAAGCCACUUGUGGUUCUCUUGUCAUCCUAUGUUCAUUUUGUGAGGUCUUUAUAAAGAUCUUUUAUGGUUUUAUUAGUACCUUCUCCAUCUUUGUGUUGAACAGUUUUAUAUGCCUGAAAAUGGUGGCAUGACUUUUUUACUUCCUUGGUUUAAACGUACCAUCUUUAAGUUUAUUGAAUGUAAAAAAGAAAAGGGAAAAGGUAUUAAGAUCAGACGGAAGUAUUUGUGGUGGAAAAUGUGUUAGUGCCGAUGGAAUGGUUAAGAAUGCAUUUCAGUUUCAUUUUGACCGUAGUAUUGUACAUGUCUUUAUUUUGGGGAGGUAGAAAGAAUUUUCACUACAGAUUUUGGAUCGUAAUUCUAUGGAAGCCUGGUACUGCCACAGGGUUAAAAAAUACAUGUAUAUGUACAAUUCUGAGAAACAUUUUUUUAUUGCAAUGCCAAAAUUACAUUUCUGAAUUCUACGUUAUGGAUUUUGUUUCUUGAUAAAGAGAACAAAGAAAAGGCAGAAGUGUGAGAUGUAAAUUUAGAAUUGUGAGGACAUAAAAGUGAGAUUUCUGAGGGGGGAAAAAUAAUUCUGAGUUUAUAUCUCAUAAUUCAAUUUUUUUUUUCUUUUUUUUCAGUUAAAAAAUGUUUUGACAGUUUUGCAUUAAUAUGACAAUCCCCCUCCCCCCCUCAAGAUAUCUAAACUUACAAUUGUGUUAACGGCAAAAUUAAAUAUAUUCUUUCAAAAUUAGCUAAAUUGUACAAAUAAUAGGCGAGAUUUGUCUCUGUUUUCUUUGAAAGGGAAAAAAUGCCUAAAAGGUUGAAUUGUAAAAUGUAGAAAAGAAGAAACUUUUUUUUUUCUGUGGCAGAACCAAGCUUCCAUAAUAAUGAAUAUAUUUUCUGGGUUUCUAUAAACCAAGUUUUCUGUUCCUCCCGAAGAUGUUUGCCAGAAUGAAGACACGAAAAAACCCACGUCUUUAAAAAGGGACUGAACUUUACAUUGUAUUUGUUGACAAAAAUGCUGCAUAAAUAUUCGGGAAUGUUGUUGUAUUUUGCGGUCAAUGCAAGUCCUUUUUGUUUUCAGGACAAAAAUUGAAAUAGAAUUUAGUCAAAGCCAGUUGAAAAGCUGAACAUAUGAUGUCUUGUUUGCCAGUUGUUAUGUUACACAGUGCCUUGAAAUAUCUUGUUUAAUAUGAUCUCACACACCUCCCAUGCCAUGUUCUGAUUGGUCAGAGUACCACAUGACUUUUUUUUUUUUUGCUCUUAAAGGGACCGUUCAAUCAAAGAUUAAACCUCUACCAUCAUUUAUUCACCCUUAAAUGGUUCCAAACUGGGUUCCUUUUUCCUGUUGAACAGAAAUAAGAUAUUUUGAAGAAUGUUAGAAACAUAUAACUAUUGACUUCCAUUGUGUUUUUGUUUUUACUAUGGAUGUCAAUGUAUAUCAGUUUCCAACAUUCUUCAAAAUGUCUUAUUUUCUGUUUACCAAAAUAUAAUGGACUCAUAAAGGGUUGGAACAAAUGGAGGAUGAGUAAAUGGUUAGUAAAGUUUAAUUUUUUGGCUGAACUAUUCCUUUAAAAAUAAUUCGUCCUCUUGUUGCCAUGUGUUUGUCAGGGAAAAAGAAACAUAGAGGUAACAGCAAACUCACUCUAAUUCACUUGUCAUGCCUCUAAUUUACAUUAACAUGUUUAUCAGAAUUUAUAAUACUCGCUGAAUGGUUUGAUUUUGUAAAAAUGUGCCAACUUUUCCUCCCCUUUAUUUGAUGACAUUGGAAUAAUGCAAACUAUACAUCGAGACAUCAUUGCAGUGACGUCUAGAAUCAGCCCAUAAAUGCUUCAUUACAAACUGAUACUUCACUUUUCUUCUUCAGUGGUUUAAGUUGUGUGUCAUGAUGCAGGCAGAAUAUGCUUGUUUGGUUUAGUCCUCGUUUUACAACAGGACUUUCUUUUUUAUUUGUCUACCUUGGGAAAGUAUUACUGUGGAUUGCAUUUGGUGUUUUUAUGGUAAACUUUGUGGACAGUAAAGAACACGCCUUUGUUUCUCA